CCGCCUCAAUCUGUACCAGCACGCACUCAACGCGCUUGACGCGUCAACCACAUUCACACUAUCUCGCUGCCGCCUCACUCCGCAGCAGGAUCGAGGACGGAGCCUGCACCUGCGAGCCAAGGUUAGUGUACAUUGCUGCUCGAAGCGAUGCGCGCCGACUCGAAAAUGCAAUGACCGGCGAAGAGUCUUGCGUGUACUAUCCGCAAUACUGCUUCCACCUCUCCCGCACCAUCGACCAGUGGUGCCCGCUUCGCAUCGUCGACAUUCAUGACCUGCAUGCCCAGGACGCACACAAAGCUCUGGGAAUCUUCUUCCUCUCCAACCAUCCCAUUGUUUGGGUUCGCAUCGCUGGUGUGAUUGUCGCUGUGGACUAUUACUAUGGCCGCUUCGUCUACACCAUAGACGACAGCUCGGGGAAGUGCAUCGAGUGUGCCCUUGAUGCACCCAGUCGUCCGGCUCGAGAUGCUGCCAAACAAGGGGAAACUUCGGAUCAGACUGGCAACAGUGAUCCCACAGAGACAAUUCUUCCUGGGUUCGCGGCGCCCCCCGCGUCUGAGUAUGACGUUGGCAUGGUUGUCAUCAUCAAAGGCAGCGUGCAGAUCUUCCGGGACCAAAAGCAGAUGAAGAUUCACAAGAUUCAGGUCGUCAGGUCAACUGAGGAGGAAGUCCAGUUUUGGAACAAGAUCGCAAGCUUCCGCCAGGAAUUUCUAGUGAAGCCAUGGGAGCUUAGCAGCGAGGAGCUGCGCAAAUGCCGUAAGGAAUAUCUGAAGGAUCAGCAUCGCCAGGUGCAGCAAAAGGACAAGGCGAACGCGAGGGAUGCCAAGGUUGAUCUCCGACAAAGAGACCGCGGUGGGAACCAGCGCAAUGUCAAAACACACCGGACCAAGAAAUAGCGCAAAGGUGAAUUCCAGUACAGGGGAAGCCUGGGAUUUAGCGGUGUCAAUAGACGUUGAGCAGGAGGAUGCUCCGUCUCAGGUAGCUUGCGACUUUCCGGAGUAACGGUACCGAUCGGUAUAACCUUGGAAGACUCCACAGACCGUGGUCCUGGUACUGGCUUCAGAGGCUGAGAAGGACCACUGGCAAACACAUCGCUCGAACAAUGCAGAUGGCGA